AUGCUACUCAGUCAAGAACUCGUUUUGCCGUCAGGCCUGAGACUGCCCAACCGCAUGUCGAAGGCUGCUAUGGCUGAGGGACUAGCCGCAACAACUCAUGAUCCAAAUCAGAAAAUCAGAAAGGCGUACCGAGAGUGGGCAAAAGGAGGAUGGGGAAUGAUUUUGACAGGCAAUGUUCAGGUAUCGGAUGAUUACCUCGGAGCACCUCAGGACAUUGAUGUCCCAGCUCAAAAUACCGACGAGCUUCAAGCGGCGUGGAGAGAGUGGGCAACGGAAUGUCAAGCAUCUGGCACACCUACGAUAGUCCAGCUUAAUCACCCAGGUCGCCAAUCUCCAGCAGGAGCUGGUAAAAAGUCGUUCUUCACCAAGAACCUGGCACCAUCACCUAUUGGACUGAAUUUCGGGCCUGGAAUCCUCGCCAAGGUUGCCUCGAAAGUUUUGUUUGGCACCCCAAAGGAAAUGACAGUGCAAGAUAUCAAGCUCGUGAUUGACCAAUUCGUUGAAGGCGCCAAAAGAUCAUACGACGCUGGGUUUAAAGGUGUAGAGCUCCACGCAGCACAUGGAUACCUCCUAGCUCAAUUCCACUCACCAGCUACAAACCGUCGGACCGAUGAAUUUGGCGGUUCCGCUCAUAAACGAGUCGAAAUAUCACUCCGUAUCAUUCGUCGAAUCCGCGCCGUUACCAGUCCAAACUUCUCUAUCAGCAUCAAAUUCAACAGCGCAGACGCAGCUACUGACAAAACCGAGGAUGUUCUGGAGCAAAUAAGAUUGCUUGUGGACGCUGGCAUCGAUUUCCUCGAGAUCUCCGGAGGCACUUACGAGAAUCCGCUCAUGAUGGGUGAUGAUGGUGUCGCUAAGCAGGAUAUGUCAGAAGAUAAACCUAUGAAAGCAUCGACAAUCAAACGAGAGUCUUUCUUCCUCGAGUUUGCCCAAACGGUUCGCAAGUCAUUCCCCGGUCUAGUAUUAAUGGUCACCGGUGGAUUCCGAACACGUACCGGUAUGGAAGGUGCACUUCAAAGUGGCGCUUGUGAUAUCGUUGGUGUUGGACGACCGGCGGCUGUGUAUCCUGAUUUCCCUACGAAAAUCAUUCUGAAUGAGAAUGUUAAAGAUGAGGAUGCGAACGCGAAUCUUCCGCGUAUAGAGGUUGAAGGGGCGGAGAAGUGGAUUGUGAAGAUCUCGGGGGUUACGGCAUUGGGCGCUGGGAAGACGACGAGGGUUUAUCAGGAACACAUUGGGAGUAUGGCUGCUAUUAAGGCGUGA